GCUGGACCCUGAGAUAAGGCGACCACAAUGACAUUGUUAAACACAGCAACCGGCAGGGAGAAGGCAGCGAGGAUUAUUGUCAGGGCACAGACCCAGCCAGGCAUCUAUCACAUUACAUUCAGCUCUGUCUCCGAAACCUCCUGCUCACCAUGAGAUCUUUGGCUUAUUAUGGGGUCAUCGUUCUUCUCCUGGUUACAGAAAGCUUAACUAAACCCACCUGCACCAAAGAGAAGAGCCUAAUCACCGACAAGAUGGAGACCGACUGCACUCACCUUGGUUUGACCGCAGUCCCCAUGGCCAAUAUUGAUGACGACACCGAAGUUCUCAUCUUAAGUUACAACUCGAUCAAGUCGCUUUCCACCUCAGUCUUUAAAAAACUUCCGCAACUUGUAGCCCUGGAUGUAUCCAACAAUGGCAUGUCGACCAUUCAGAUUGACUACCCCAUGAGUUUGAAGGAUCUAAAUCUGGCCAACAAUUCAUUCGACCAACUACCCAAACUCUCACAGCUGAAAAACCUAAUCAAGCUUGAUCUGUCCAACAACCAUAUUGCGGCUAUCCCAGACACGGCUUUCCAUGGUCUGCAUGGACUGAAAGAGCUGCACCUUUCGGGGAAUGGGAUCAAGCAACUCUCUGAGCAGGUUUUCAAAGGGUUAGAUCAACUCGAUACGUUGGAUCUAUCGUUCAAUCAGCUGACGAGUGUUCCACCUCUCCUCAUCUCUGACUCUGUCAAUUUGGCAAGAAUAUAUUUGAGAGGAAAUAGUCUAACACUAAUUCCAGAUAAUUUUUUCGAUGGAUUAUAUGACUUGGCUUACGUGUACCUAGACCUGAACCCGUGGACAUGCAAUUGUAAUUUAAAGUACUUCAAAGAGUGGGUGGAGUAUAAUGAAGAUAACAUCUACACCAUCACUAAUGGAGCCCCAGACAAAGACGCUAGUAGUGUUGUCUGCUCUAAUAAAGUUCCACUUGUGAAAUUCUUUGAGAAAUGCCCAGAUAAAGAUGAUGAAGACCCAGACAUGCCAGAACCUAUGAGUACCAACAUGAUGGAGACAACAAGACAAGUGACAACAACAGCAGCAACCACAAGCCGAGUAACAACACCGGUGAUGACCACAAGCCAAACGACAACAACACCAGUGAUGACCACAAGCCAAACGACAACAACACCAGUGAUGACCACAAGCCAAACGACAACAACACCAGUGAUGACCACAAGCCAAACAACAACAACACCAGUGAUGACCACAAGCCAAACAACAACAACACCAGUGAUGACCACAAGCCAAACGACAACAACAUCAGUGAUGACAACAAUGACUGAAACAACUUCAGCUACAACUGCACCUGUGACAACCAAAGAGUUAACAAGUACAAGCCAAGCAACCCCAUCAAUAUCCACAGAGGCUUCUUCUCCAUCUACUACAAUUCAUACAACAAAGUUUAUAACAUCCAUUGCUACUGCACUCACACCUACAUGUAGCCCAGAAACUGUGAUGGUUGUGAAUACAACUGAGAAUAAGGAGACUAAACCAGGCACCACUACAACCGCACAGACUAUGGACAUACCACUGUACACAAUUAGUAACUUGCCUGACCUGCUCUCAAGUAUGAGUGAAAGGAGAUCAUGGCUAGAGGACAUCAUUGACAGAUACUGUUGCUUCCUUCACCUUAUACUCUAUUCUGGAAUCCUUCUUCUCCUCCUGCUACAGAUUAUAGUAUGCCUGAUUUUACUCACGUGGUCAUGUACCUACUACCAUCACUAUUUCCAAAUCCUUAGAGAACAGGUGCCCAAUGUUAGGCUGACAAGGUACAGUCUGAGGGAACCACUAGCUGACGACAAGAUUCUCCUUGUUCAUGGUGUAAACUCUCACUUUAGACAUCGAGCAGACCAAGAACCGAUACCAAUGUUGCUAUUGGAGGCCGGGACUAGGGAUUAUUCUAAAAGCUACACCUCUGCGAUCCUAACAUGACUCCGUGGAUCUAAACACCGCUUAGAAAGGCAUUAAAAGGAUGUCUCACUAACCAGGAUUUGUAAUAAUAGUAUACUUAUAUACCCCCUAUAUUCAACCAAUAGUUUAGCAAUCAUUGCUAGAAG